UACUGAUAAUUACUUCUGUCGGUCGGCAAGGAGUGUCAGGCGCCACCUGGUGACGUGUUCUAGACAGCGGAGGGCUGGCCAGGCGGCCAAGAGGGUGGACACCUUUGUAGGAGACAGAAGCUGCGACGAACCGGAGUGAUGAUCCCAGCAAACGGGAUGGUGUCCAAGAGAAAACUUCCUCUGGCCGUUGGCGUGUCCAUGAUGACGAUGUUGUUCAUGCACCUCGUGCUGCCCAUCAAUCUUCGCACCAACAGCGACGGCAGCAACAGCGACAGCAACAACCAGAAGCGGAGUGUCGCUGCCAGCAGUCUGGAGGCGUGUCCAGACGACGGACCCCUUUUGCCAGAAGAGACGCCGUUCUGGUCCGAGCAGCUGGACGAGUUCAAGAAGGAUUUCACGCUGAAGUUCGUGGGCGACAAGCCGGUGGGGGAGGUGUGCUGUGCCCCCGACUCCGCCAUCAGAAACAAGACCUACGGCUUCGUGGAUCCUCCACCCUACACAGACAAGAGCCGCAAUCCCUGCUGGUAUGAAGGUGGACGACUGCGGUGUCUACCCUACUUUUACGUCAUAGGGUCCACCAAAAGUGGCGCCCCCGACCUCUACAAGCGCCUCCUGGCCCACCCGGAAGUCGCCAGCACCAGAAAAGAGGUUCACUGGUUCAACAGGCUCAGAACACUAGGUGCCGGGUUGCGGUGGUACGCCAACGUCUUUAACCCUGUGGCGAAGUCCAUUCAUGAAGACAUCAAGAGUACUGGCACUUCUCGCAAAGUCAUUGGUGAAAAGACGCUGGACUACUUCUCGGACGUGCGUAUAUGGCGACACCUGACAGGUAACCAAGGCUGCGCCGAGCCCCGUGUCACCAUUGCUAACCACCUGCGUCACUUGAACCCGAAUGCAAAGAUCAUCAUCAUGAUCAGGGAGCCUGUCGACAGGAUAUUCUCCACCUACACCCUGGCAGCGGCCUCCACAGAGCGCCUGAAGGACCCCAGCACCCAGAAGCUGCACGAGUUCAUCAUCCGCGCUGUGCCGGCCUACAAGGAAUGCUUCAAGAACUUUCCUGUCCGGGCCUGCAUCUACAACCGCACCCUGGCAGACAUGUAUCCUGUAGGUACCCUGGCAGAUAUGUAUCCUAUAGAUCUUUCAGGUGGAGCGUACGCCGUGUUCGUGGAGGACUGGUUGAGAGUUUUCCCUCCUGACCAAGUCUACGUCAUUCGUUUUGAGAACUAUGUGAAUGAAAUUUCAAGAUCUCUUAAAGAAGUCUUCAAUUUUCUGGGCUUAUCUGCCAUGUCCGACGCGGAGUUUGAGGCGGUCAGCUCCAUGUCCAAGCCCUCGCCCAACGUCUACUACAAGAUCGGCCCCAUGCAGAACCGCACAGUCAAGCUGCUGCACGACUUCUACCUCCCCUUCACCAACAGACUCUCCAAGCUGCUGAAGGACGACCGCAACCUCAAGAAAGGAAAGAGUCCAACAGCCAAAGGGACGCCGAGCUAAAGACAGAAAGUUGUGGAUUAAAUCGUACAGCGAGCUCUUGUGGUCCGGAGACUAGUAAAUGUAUUUCCUAG